CUUUUCCCACUAGUGACAGUUAACAGCAAGAAAUUCAUAUAUUCCAGAUAAACAGCUAUCAGAAGAAAUUCACUAUCAACAAUGGCGGCGAAUCCACUGGAGCUCCGGCCGUUGGGGAACACCGGCCUCAAUCUCAGCUGCGUGGGCUUCGGCGCGUCGCCUCUCGGCAAUGUUUUCGGCGUCGUUUCUGAAUCCGACGCCAUCGCCACCGUCCGCCAAGCCUUCACCCUCGGAAUCAACUUCUUCGACACUUCUCCGUAUUAUGGAGGAACAUUGUCCGAAAAAAUGCUGGGAAAAGCCCUAAAAGCUUUGGAAGUUCCUAGAAACGAGUACAUUGUAUCUACAAAGUGUGGAAGGUACGCAGAUGGUUUUGAUUUCAGUGCCGAAAGAGUGACGAAGAGCAUUGACGAGAGCCUCGAAAGACUGCAGCUGGAUUACGUAGAUAUCCUGCAAUGUCACGAUAUAGAAUUCACCUCACUGGACCAGAUUGUGACUGAGACAAUCCCGGCACUCGUUAAAUUAAAGGAAGCGGGGAAGAUUAAAUUCAUUGGUAUAACGGGGCUUCCGUUGGAAAAUUUUUCUUAUGUUUUGGAUAGAGUGCCACCUGGAACAGUUGAUGUAGUACUGUCUUAUUGUCACUAUGGUAUCAAUGAUUCGACUUUGGAGGAUUUACUGCCUUACUUGAAAAGCAAAGGUGUCGGUAUAAUAAGUGCUUCUCCUCUUUCGAUGGGUCUUCUUACAGAAACUGGCCCGCCCGAGUGGCACCCUUCUUCCCCUGAACUCAAGGCUGCGUGUAAAGCUGCUGCAGCGUAUUGUAAAGAGAAAGGAAAGAACGUAUCGAAGCUAGCAUUGCAAUAUAGCUUAUCAAAUAAAGAUAUUUCGACUAUCUUGGUUGGAAUGAACUCCGUCAAGCAGGUUAAUGAAAACGUGGAAGCCGCAAUACAAGUUUCGACAGUUGGGAAGGAUGAGAAAACUCUAUCAGAGAUAGAAGCGAUUCUGAAGCCCGUGAAGAAUCAAACAUGGCCUAGUGGUAUUCAGCAGAGUUGAAAGAAUCUAGUAUUAUUCCUUGCUCGAAUUUCACCCGUUGCUUUAUUAACCUUGUUUUCGGGCCUUUCGGGCCUUCAUUCAAACAGAAAAUAAUUUUAUAAUUGUAUUACAUUUUAUGUAAUAUACACUUGAUUGUGUGUUUAAUGUAAUUAAAUCUCGGUCCAGAACCAUCUCCCUA